AUGGCCCACAGACCCUCAGCUGGUACAGUUGAUAUGCGUAAGCGAGCGCUGCUUCAAAGUGCAGCAACAAACGAAGAUAGGUUAGAAAAUGUACAGAGCGGAACACACGAUACCUCGUUAAAUAUUUCGACAAUGCCUCAGUCGACUCUAGUGGCUGCAGCAAAUAAGCUUUUGCAAGAUACAAAAUCGCAAAUAGAGCAAUCAGGAAACCUUAAAACAUCCAUUAAAGAAAAGGUUUUAUAUGGAAUAACUGGUAUGUAUGAGAUUAUAUUGCGCAUGAGCGAAUCCCGGCAGACACUGCAACUACAACUGGAAAAAUCUAAAUUAAGUGUAAAGGAGGAACUAUUAAGAAAGGAAAAAGAAUACGCUGAGAAGUUAGAGGGUCUGUUGGAAACGUCUAAUGGGGCAAACGCAAAGGGAACAGUAAGGGACAUUCUAAAGGAAUUAGCAUCUGUUAGGCAAAUUUUGACACAAGACGCUGCUGAAAAAAAUAACGGAAUGCAAAUAGGCCUAAAUGAUGGACAAGCGACUAGAGAAAUCUUAGCGCAAAUAAAUAAAAAUGGACUGACUAUCGAAGAAUCGAAUAUCUUGCUGAAAAAACUAGGGCAUCAAGUGGAGCAAAUACACAACGAUUUUAACAAGAAAGAAUCUGGAAAUUAUACAUAUGCUGAAAUUGCAGCUCUGCCAGGUAACGUAAAUAGGUCCGAAGAGCAGCGGAAACGUCCCACUUUACAGAAUAUUGCAACCAAAGAGAAACCAAAAGAAAUACACACUCGGAAAUCCGAUGUACUAGAAAUAGCUGUAACAGCGAUGUCUAAGGCCAAUAGAUUAUAUCAGGACGCUAAGUUGCAGCUAGAGCAGUCUGGAAACUUAAAGACUUCCAUAAAAGAGACGGUGGUAAAUAACCUUUCUGAACUCUUUGGAAUCGUAUUACAGUUAAACGAAGAAAGGCAGACUCUACUCCUACAAUUGGAGAAAGCUCGUAUACAACUUAAAGACGAUCUACUUAGGCAAGAAAAACAGUAUGUAGAGAGCCUUAGAGCACUAAUGGAUCAGGGUAGUAUAAGAGAUAUUCAGUCUGCUCUCACCGAAACAGUGAGUGAUAUGAGAACCCUAACGGACUCAUUGAAGCACACGAUGGGCAAUGACACCUUAUUGGAUAAACAUACUUUUAUGGGCAAAUCGGAGGAUACCAGAAGGGAACUGAUGGAAAUAAAAGAAGAAUUAUCAUCCCUAAAAGACCAAAUGGGUGGACUUCGAGAGUCUUUGGUUAUAAGCGAAACAAAUGAACCCACAUAUGCCAGCAUAGCUGGUCGACCUAAGGCCAAAAUAAACAACGUCUUAGAAAGACGCGGUUUCUUGUACACGCUUAGUUGUGGUGAGCUCUACGAUUUGUGA